AGUGGGCAGUAUUUACAGGAGAGGAGUGUGGAUGGUGUGACAGUGGGGGCAGUAUGUACAGCAGAGGAGUGUGGAUGGUGUGACAGUGGGCAGUAUGUACAGGAGAGGAGUGUGGAGGGUGUGACAGUGGGCAGUAUGCAGAGGAGAGGAGUGUGGAGGGUGUGACAGUGGGCAGUAUGUACAGGAGAGGAAUGUGGAGGGUAUGGUAGUGAUCUGUAUGUACAGGAGAGGAGUGUGGAGGGGUGUGACAGUGGGCAGUAUGUACAGGAGAGGAAUGUGGAGGGUGUGACAGUGGGCAGUAUUUACAGGAGAGGAGUGUGGAGGGUGUGACAGUGGGCAGUAUGUACAGGAGAGGAGUGUGGAGGGUGUGACAGUGGGCAGUAUGUACAGGAGAGGAAUGU